CGGAUCUUAAAAUAAGUGCUGUAAACAAGCGUUGAUAAAACAGUUGAUACAGUAGAUAAAAGCUCCCAGCUGUAAUUUAACAGAGAAUGAGUUUUCACCUGUACCUAGCUGUGUACACAACGACCAUUCUGGUUGUACUCACGUGUACACUCAACGUCAGCUGUCAGGACACGCGCGACAGUGUCAGUCGUGAGGAGAAAAGGCAGGACAAAACACCGAAGACACAAGCUGUGACCAGUGAAAACGGUUUUUGCGGAGGCUGUAAUAUAAAUGAAACUAAAGCACUGGAAAAAUUUAAAACCACUUACAGCGAAUUCCAUAAAAAUUUAACCAGUUUCAUAGCGCUGAUUCCCACCACAUUGGAGAAAGAAGUUCCAUCCUAUUUUGAAAAGGUGAAACUUUUACUGAGCAACCUUACCGUAAAUGACACUGAGUUUAUCAAGGAAAAUUUGAAAGACAUCGUCAAAGGUUGGUACUACAUGCAGGCGGUGACCGAGAAUCUGUUGAAGUGCAUGGUGUCGCUGGUCAAGUCAGCUAGCCAGGCCUGGUACCAGGAGCAGAAGAAAAAACUGGAGUGGUGGAUGUUUCAGGGGCAGACAGAUGUAGAAUCUAUGAAGCAAUACCCAAAGUUGAGCAAUGCAGAUGUUAGAGAAAAAAACUCAAGUAUCUUUGAUCGACACAACAUUACAAAGCUAGAGACAUGUGUGGACAGCAUCAACAAACAGGUAGACGAAAUUGUGAAAAUAGUGGGAAAAACAUCAGUCGUCAACAGUUUCAAGAAAAGAUACACGCAAUUCCACAAACGAUUAACAGACUUUAUUACCGGGAUGGACAAUAAUACGUACCUGAAAAAUUUAAAUUUGACCCAGAAACAAAUGAUAGACACUGUGAAAAAAACACUAAAGGACUUUCCUCUAAAUGACACUUCGUUCACAUAUCAAAGCACGCUCGUGUUAAGUAAAAAAUGGACUGACUUAUCUGAAGCUGCUGGGAGCUAUUUAGACGUGCUGCCCUCUUUAAUCAAACCGCAGCCCGAAAAACAGCUGUCUUUGUUGCAGAACCUAAUCUCGAUGCUGAAGUCAGACAUCUUUUUGACGACGUCUUAUGCUAUUCAGCUUAACUUCGCUUAGGAUGUUUCAAAAGAUAAACAUUAGCUACUGGAUCAUUUCUGUGUAGGGCCAAACUUCACUCUACUGUUGAGAUUUCGACAGACAGGAUUGAGACAGACAGAAAAA